GUCUGUCCUUCACUCCUCCAUUGUCUGCCGCCGCCACUGCCGCGGGUGCCACCGCCGCUGCCGGGAUCGCCGCAGCCUGCAGCCUCGCGCGUCGCCGCUACCUCCUCGGACAGAAAUUUUAUGAAUAAGCAUCAGAAGCCAGUGCUAACAGGCCAGCGGUUCAAAACUCGGAAAAGGGAUGAAAAAGAGAAAUUCGAACCCACGGUCUUCAGGGAUACACUUGUCCAGGGGCUUAAUGAAGCUGGUGAUGACCUUGAGGCUGUAGCCAAGUUUCUGGAUUCCACAGGCUCAAGAUUAGAUUAUCGCCGCUAUGCAGACACACUCUUUGAUAUCCUGGUGGCUGGCAGUAUGCUUGCCCCUGGAGGAACACGCAUAGAUGACGGAGACAAGACCAAGAUGACCAACCACUGUGUGUUUUCAGCAAAUGAAGAUCAUGAAACCAUCCGAAAUUAUGCUCAGGUCUUCAAUAAACUCAUCAGGAGAUAUAAGUAUUUGGAAAAAGCAUUUGAGGAUGAAAUGAAGAAGCUUCUCCUCUUCCUUAAAGCCUUUUCCGAAACAGAGCAGACAAAGUUGGCAAUGCUGUCGGGGAUCCUGCUGGGCAACGGCACCCUUCCCGCGACCAUCCUCACCAGUCUGUUCACCGACAGCUUAGUCAAAGAAGGCAUUGCAGCCUCAUUUGCGGUCAAGCUUUUUAAAGCAUGGAUGGCAGAAAAAGAUGCCAACUCUGUUACCUCUUCUUUGAGAAAAGCCAACUUAGAUAAGAGGCUGCUUGAACUCUUUCCAGUUAACAGGCAGAGCGUGGAUCAUUUUGCUAAAUACUUCACUGACGCAGGCCUGAAGGAGCUUUCCGACUUCCUCCGAGUCCAGCAGUCCCUGGGCACCAGGAAGGAACUGCAGAAGGAGCUCCAGGAGCGUCUUUCUCAGGAAUGCCCAAUCAAGGAGGUGGUGCUCUAUGUUAAGGAAGAAAUGAAGAGGAAUGAUCUUCCGGAAACAGCAGUGAUUGGACUUCUGUGGACCUGUAUAAUGAAUGCUGUUGAAUGGAACAAGAAGGAAGAACUCGUUGCAGAGCAGGCCCUUAAGCAUCUGAAGCAAUACGCUCCACUCCUGGCUGUGUUCAGCUCCCAAGGCCAGUCAGAGCUGAUCCUCCUCCAGAAGGUUCAAGAAUACUGUUAUGACAACAUCCAUUUCAUGAAAGCUUUUCAGAAGAUCGUGGUUCUCUUUUAUAAAGCUGAUGUACUGAGUGAAGAAGCAAUAUUGAAAUGGUACAAAGAAGCACAUGUUGCCAAAGGCAAAAGUGUUUUUCUUGACCAGAUGAAGAAAUUCGUUGAGUGGCUACAAAACGCAGAAGAAGAAUCUGAGUCAGAAGGUGAAGAAAAUUAGAUGGCUCAAGAAGCACAAUAGGCCACCACACAACACUUUUACUGGGAAUGCUGAACCAUUUGAGAAGAGAAAACUUGGCUUCCGUUUUCACAAAGGAAAAAAAAAAUAGGAUAGGCUGCCCUUGUGCGAAGGGGGAAAUGGUUUUUGUUUUCGUUUUGUUUUUAAAUGGAGCCCUGAGGCAUCAGCUAUUAUACUUGGGACUCUACCUCUCACUCACUAUAUGCUAACUUAAAGCCAUUCAACAAGGAGUCCAGUAGGUAUCUGAAAUUCAAUACUCAACAGACUCCUCUUUUUUAGCUGUAUUUUUCAGGUACUGUGUGGUGAACGCCCCACUGGUGUCUAUUACAGGGCCACUUUGGUAGUUGUGUAUCUGCUCGUGUAUGUGAUUUGACAAACCAGUUUUUUAAAAUAAAUGGCUUUUUAAAAAUCUGG